GAAAGUUAAAGUGUUACUAGUGCUUCCCUCCACAGUUCAGAGACCCCAUACGUGCAGCAUUGAUAAAUAGAGCAGACCUAGACGCCAAACACACGACAUCCUCCUUCGUCCUCAACAACACACUCUCAGCCGAAUCAUGAGGGUGGUGAACCUGGGUCCGGAUCCCUCUCUGGCAUAUCGCCCUGAUAGUCAUGAGAAAGACAAAUCAGAAUUCAGGAACUUUGAGAGUGGAGCUCUCUUCGACCGUGUGUUUAAUACAUACAAGCUGAUGCACACGUACCAAACACUGGACUUUGUCAGACAGAAGCACCUGGAAUGGGCCAAAUGCAAUCGCUUCAGCAUGAGCAUGAUGGAGAACAUCGAUUCCCUGGACGAGCUCGUUGACGAAUCCGACCCGGACGUCGACUUCCCAAACUCUUUCCAUGCCUUCCAGACCGCCGAGGGAAUCCGCAAAGAGCAUCCCGAUAAAGAUUGGUUCCAGCUGGUCGGUCUGAUCCACGACAUUGGAAAAAUCAUGGCCUUGUAUGGAGAGCCGCAGUGGGCUGUAGUCGGAGAUACAUUCCCAGUGGGAUGCAAGUUUCAGAAUUCUAUAGUGUUCAGAAACUCAACAUUUGAAGGCAAUCCGGAUGAGAAGAACCAUGCACUCAACACAGAAUUUGGGAUUUAUGAACCGAAAUGUGGACUUGAUAAUAUCCUGAUGUCUUGGGGACAUGAUGAGUAUCUCUACCGGGUAAUGAAGUUCAACAAAUGCACCAUCCCUGAGGAGGUAAACAAAUCUAGCAAACAAUAUACUUUCAUUUACGCCUUUAAAAGCCACUAUCAAACACUCUUCUUCUGCCAGGGUCUUUACAUGAUCCGUUUCCACUCCUUCUACCCCUGGCACUCGAACGGAGACUACAUGCACUUGUGCAACGAGAAAGACCUGCAGAUGCUGCCCUGGGUCAAAGAGUUUAACAAGUUUGAUUUGUACACCAAGAGCACUGAACUACCGGACGUGGAGAGCCUGAGGCCGUAUUAUCAGUCUCUCAUUGAUAAGUACUGCCCUGGGAUACUGCGCUGGUGAAUGUCUACCGCAGUUCUACGAAUCUGUCCUAAUUCAUACACAAACGUUUAUUGCUUUUGCUCCGUGGGCAAUAAAAUGCUCUGUGGGCCAGAAACCACCCAACAUUUUGGCACUUUGGAGAUGUCAUUAGAAAAUAAAAGUAAAAUAAAUAACAUGCUAAAAGUAAACAAGGUAUGAAUAAAAUAGGUUUUCAUUCAAAUACCUAUACUUCACUACAAUGUAAAACAAAAAGACAUUAAUUAUUAAAUUACACUUUCACAUCAUUAAUUACACUUUAUCGUAAAUAUUCAUUGCUAAUACUGUAUUAGAUUAAAUCUAAUCUGAAUUUAAAAUGUACAUUUUCUUGAAAAUAAUGGUGCUUGUGCCAGUGUAUAUUUUUCUAUGUUUAUUAAAAAUAUUACAAAACAUUAAA